UAUCGGUUUCGGUUCCGGCGAAAUGAGACGGACAAGAAAAACACACAGCACGCCUCCAUUCUUCUCUCAUCGGCUCGAUUCCCGAUUGCUCACCGCCGGAUACCGUCGCACCCGACAGAUUCGAUUCAGAAUGUUUUCGGUUUCAAGAAUGUCUACAAGCGGAAAAGGAGCAGCCUUGGAACUACGUCCUCUUGUGUUGGCGUUUGGUGUGAAGCAAAAAAUCAGGUGGACAUCUGUCAUAGGCUCAUAGCGUUUGAUGAUGAGAAAAUGAUGGUAGGCAAUGCUGCAAAGUACUAGAUGGCUUGGAACCCUAGUAACAUUGUCCUUGGUUAUGAAAGACAACCACCCAAGCAAGAGAUGAAAAUGAAUAAGAAGACAAAGGAUUUUGAAAGCUAAGUUGAGCAAGAAGUCAAAGGAUAGAGCAUGAUUGUGCAGUGGAAAAUGGAAAUCCUCUAACUUUGUAUUAGUAUAAUGUUAGAGUUUUAGGGCAAGAUGGGUGGUUAUUGUGAAAGCCUUUUUUGGUCAACUUGAUCCCUUAUUUAUAUAGUUUGUAUUAUACAAACACCAAACUAGAUUAGCUUUUUUGUAAAUUGGAUUGGGUAGCAACUCUAAUGUGUUUAAACACCAAAAAAAUUCAAACAUGUGG